CAGGGUUCGAGGGAGCGCUAUGUCCGCGGAAGCUCCCGAGGCAGCGUCUGCCGAGGAGCAGAAGGAAAUGGAAGAUAAAGUAACUAGUCCAGAGAAAGCUGAAGAGGCAAAAUUAAAAGCAAGGUAUCCUCAUCUGGGACAAAAAUCUGGAGGUUCAGAUUUCUUAAAAAAACGAUUGCAAAAAGGGCAAAAAUAUUUUGAUUCUGGGGAUUACAACAUGGCCAAAGCAAAAAUGAAGAACAAGCAACUUCCUGCUGCCGCCCCGGAUAAGACAGAGGUCACUGGUGACCACAUUCCGACUCCACAGGACCUUCCUCAGCGGAAACCAUCCCUUGUUGCUAGCAAGCUGGCUGGCUGAUUAAAAGAGCUGAACUGCA